UUCUUCUCACAAUAUGUUUUAAUUGAAAAUAUUGAUAGAAGAUGAGAAAAGAUUAUAAACAAGAAAUCAAAAACUUCACAAAAGGUAGAAACCUAGCACGGGCAUAUCAAUUCAACUGUUUAUAAUUUUCUAUGGUUGUCUCCUUUAUUUUCUUCCUAUAAUAAACAAUUAUUUUGUUUCCCAAGGGCCAAGACACUGAUAAUGCCAAAUUCAUCACUUCUUCUACACAGGACAGGCUUCACGGUCAGGUAGAGAGAGAGAGAGAGAGAAAUGGUGACUGGGAUACAGUCGGAGAUGUGAAGGAUAGUUGGGGAAUGUAGUGACUCGCAGAAAUGAAAAGCAGCAGCAGCACCACCAGCACCACCAGCAACAACCAUCUUAAACAAGAUCUGGACCCUCUCUCCGAUCCCAGCUCCGACCACCUCUCUGAUCCUCACUCCCUCCAAUCCCAGUCCCAUCGUCAAUCCCAGCGCCGCCCUCGCGGCUUCGCCGCCGCCGCUGCCAUGGGCGUCGCCACUGCCACAUCCGCCGCCGGUAAGUCCAGGAAAGAGAGGGAAAAGGAGAAGGAGAGGACGAAGCUGCGGGAGCGCCAUCGCCGAGCCAUCACCAGUCGCAUGCUCGCCGGCCUCCGCCAGUACGGCAACUUCCCCCUCCCGGCUCGCGCAGACAUGAACGACGUCCUCGCAGCUCUUGCUCGUGAGGCUGGUUGGGUCGUCGAGGCUGACGGCACCACCUACCGCUCCUCCCCGCCUCCUUCCCAAGUGGCAACUUAUCCUGUCAGGUCGGUUGAAAGCCCUUUGUCUUGUUCCUUGAAAAUUUCCUCUGUUAAAGCUUCAGUGGAUUGUCAAACAUCAGUUCUCAGAAUUGAUGAGAGUUUGUCACCAGCAUCUCUUGGUUCGGUUGUAGUUGCAGAGACAGAUACAAAGAGUGAGAAAUACACGAGUGUUAGCCCCAUCAACUCCCCCGAAUGCUUGGAGGCUGAUCAGCUAAUCCAAGAUGUUCAUUCUGGGGAAUGUGCUAAUGGCUUCACAGGAACUCCUUAUGUCCCUGUUUGUGUGAUGCUUGCUGCUGACAUUAUCAACAAUUUCUGCCAGUUGAUUGAUCCAGAAGGCAUUAAACAGGAGCUAAGUCAAAUGAAAUCCUUGAAUGUAGAUGGUGUUGUUGUAAAUUGUUGGUGGGGUAUUGUUGAAGGUUGGGGCCCCCAGAAGUAUGUCUGGUCAGGUUAUAGAGAACUAUUUCACAUCAUUCGAGAGUUCAAGCUGAAAUUGCAGGUGGUUAUGGCAUUUCAUGAGUAUGGAGGAAAUGACUCUGGUGAGAUGCUGAUCCCCCUCCCUCAGUGGGUUUUGGAUAUUGGAAAAGACAACCAAGAUAUAUUUUUCACAGAUCGUGAAGGAAGAAGAAACACUGAAUGUCUAACUUGGGGCAUUGAUAAAGAACGAGUACUAAACGGUAGAACUGGUAUCGAGGUAUAUUUUGAUUUCAUGAGAAGUUUUCGGACAGUUUUUGAUGACUUGUUUGCAGAGGGCACUAUAUCUGCAGUAGAAAUCGGCCUGGGAGCAUCUGGAGAGCUCAAGUACCCUUCUUUUUCAGAAAGAAUGGGAUGGAGAUAUUCUGGUAUUGGUGAGUUUCAGUGCUAUGAUAAAUAUUUACAACACAGCCUACGGAAAGCUGCUAAAUUGCGGGGGCACUCCUUCUGGGCCAGGGGACCGGAUAAUGCUGGUCAAUAUAAUUCCCGACCACAUGAAACUGGGUUCUUUUGCGAACGAGGAGAUUAUGACAGCUACUAUGGGCGUUUUUUCCUCCAUUGGUAUGCCCAGUCAUUAAUUGACCAUGCUGAUAAUGUUUUGUCUCUUGCAAAGCUUGCCCUUGAGGAAACGAAGAUAGUUGUUAAGAUUCCUGCCAUCUAUUGGUGGUAUAAAACUGCUAGCCAUGCAGCAGAGCUCACAGCAGGAUACUAUAAUCCCACAAAUCAGGAUGGAUACUCACCUGUAAUUGAGAUUCUUAAGAAACACUCCGUGACAAUAAAGUUUGUCUGCACAGGGUUGCAUAGCUCUUGUCAGGAAAAUGAUGGAGCACUUGCUGAUCCAGAAGGUUUGAGUUGGCAGGUUUUAAAUUCAGUGUGGGACCGGGGACUGAUUGCAGCCGGACAGAAUGCUCUUCCAUGCUAUGAUAGGGAAGGUUUUAUGAGAAUGGUUGAGAUCGCAAAGCCGAGAAAUGAUCCAGAUCGUCAUCACUUUUCAUUCUUUGUGUUUCAACAGCCAUCUUUUGUUCAAAGAACAAUCUGCUUCUCCGAAUUGGAUUAUUUCAUCAAAUGCAUGCAUGGAGAAAUCACCCUCAACUCACAACACUGAUUUAGCGAGACGCAUCCCUUUCUUGAAGGUUAUAAUAGAAGCCAAACCUACUGUAAGGCAGGCAAACAGUUUGCUUUAGAGAGGUGUAAUGCAGCCUACAAGUUAUGGGAUGUGAAAUCUGCAUAUUGUGUACUUCAGUGGUGGCUUAGUUCAUUGAACUUCACAUAUAUGCUCAAUGAUCUGUUAGUUAUGUCUGUGUUAUUAAAUCUUUGAUUAUAAGGGCAAGGGUGAACCUAAGGAAUUGGUAUCAGUUCAAUUGCAGUAAUGCAGACCAUGAGCAUUCAUGUUGUAAUAUUUUGACAUGCAAUCUGAGCGCAGAAGCAGAAGACAAGCUCAUAGCAAUGGUAUUAGGCAUCAUCAACAACCGAGCAUUUACUCAAUAAACUAUUUGGGUUGAUGGGUGAGGGUGAAAGUAGAAACCAGGUUUGUAGGGAUCAGAGGUAUUUUAACUAAUACAAAGGCUUAGUACCAACUAUGGGGGAUCUUCUAUGGUGAUUAUCUCUCUUUUGUAUUUAAUAUUAAAUCAACUUAAGUUGCAGUACAUUGCAUCCAUAGAGCUUUAAUUAUCUGCAUAAAAAUGUUAUAAAAUUUGUGACACUAAAUUCGUAUAA